CGACGGGCCAAGAGACUCUCAAGAGGCGCCCAAGACGGCCGAAGAGGGCUCCGUAGCCAUUUUGGCUCAAGGCCAGCGGGCUCGAGGCAGAUGCGCUCCAGCGCGGCCCCAGCCCGCCGGGGGCUCCCUCGGCGCGGGCACCGCGGGCUCCGCGCCGUGGCCGGCGCGCGAUGCUUUGCGACUCACGGCGUCUGCUGACGGUGGGCAUUCCCGCCGCGGCCAUCUUGGCCGCCUCGAGCCUCUGCGCCUGGGAGUGGCCGCGGCUGCCGCGGCUGCGGCUGCCGCUGCCGCGGCUGGGGGCCGGUGCCGGCGCGGCCGCUGCCGCGGCUGGCGGCGGCUCGGAGGAGAAGUGGCCUGGGCGCCCUUUUGGGGUCGAGGAGGUGCAUGCCAGGCAGCGCGACGGGAGUGGGUUGAACGUCAGGGUGAAACAGGAAAUAAUUGUGAACAACCGUGUGAAGCAACACGAUGUCGCGGCCGGUAGGCCGGCCAGUCGUGGCGGCAGCGACGGAGCGGCCUUCCGUGUCGCCGUGGUCUUGGAGGAGAACAGCUCUGUCGUGCUCCCCUCCGGCGCCGAGGUGGUGGACGCCACGCUGUGCGACGAGAGUGGGUUGAAGAUCAGUGUGAAGCAAGAGGUCCAGUAUCAGUGCGCAAGCGGCAACACAAGUGUCUAUGCACUGAGGGAGCUCUAUGCCCCCCCCAAGUGGUUCAGGAUGAGCUCGCUCGAGAUUACCUACAAGCUGGCGUCUGCUCCAACCACCGAGCCUUCGCGCCAGAGACCUCCUGGGGUGACCGUGCUUGCGCAGAUUGGCAACACGAGCAUGGACAGAUGGGCAGAUUUGAUGCAUUGCAUGUCACAGGUGUCGCUGGCUAUGAGGGCCGAGGGCCAUGGCUUCUCUGUGUUCCUUACCUUCCAGGAGAAUAUUUCUUCAAAGGAAAUGAGAGGGUUCGAGUUGGAUGCCCGUCGCGCGUUCGGAAGUGGAGCUGUCAGGAGCAUCAGGGUGCAGAACCGGGGGGCCGACAUCGGACCCUACCUCCGCCAGCUGCAGGUCCUGAGCGGGCAGAGCCCACGGGCUGUGGAGAUUCUGAACGUGCCCGAAGAUUCCCCGUUCGUGCGCUCGCAGCGUCUGAGGGGCCCCGAGGCCUUUGACACGUUCCUGAAGGUUCACAGCAAGAGCGACCGCAGUCACAGACGCAGAUGGCUCAGAGACCUAUGCGGGGACGUAGAGAAAGUACGACACGUGUACAGUCAGUUUAAGAGGUCCAAGUCGCUGGGCAUGGUUGGCGCAUCAGCGCAGGUUGUACAGUAUCCUCAGGUAACAGGGAGGUAUCAAGUCUGGGGUCAUACCGAUAUCGACGCAAUGAAGAGGACGUGGAAGAUGAUGCAGCCCUGCGUGCCUUUCGACAUCCCGAUGAGAGUGGCGCGCAUCAUUGCAGGAUCGUUCUAUUGGGCCCGCCCGGACGCUGUGAUGUACCAGAUCAUUUUGCAUUCUACGGAGAAGUUGAUCGAGUCGAUGCCGUCAGGGUACAAGACCCGGUCGACGGGCCAAACGUCACACGCGCUCGAGCGAUUGAUGCCAACGAUGGCGGUUGCUGUGUGCGGGCUGGACGUGGUUUCUGUUGACGAGCUGGGCUCGAGCGGAUGAUGCCAACGAUGGCAGCUGCCUGUCGCGGGCUGCACGUGGUCUCCGUGGGCGAGCUCGUGCCCCUGGACAGCCCUGACCGUCGGCUGCUGCCUCGCUGCGCUGGGGUGGCCUGUGUUGGCAGCAGCCAUGGCCGCCCUCUCGACAAGGACGCCGGCGGCGGCCGCGGACGAGAGCGUGCGCGGGCGGCCCCCUCGACGACGAGUCGCCACCAGGCGGAGGUCACGCAGGCUUCGGUUCUCAUGGUCAUGAGGUCCGAGACGGAGCAAACCAGCCUCGUGGAGAAUCAGGGCCGAGCUGUUGGAGUUGCGGCGCUGGCUAAACCCGCUGAACAAAAAAAAAGAAGAC